AUGGCUACUACUAAAAAUAUAGAAUUCUGGCGUGAAUUUAUAAACCUAUAUUGCGACCUACCUGCAGUUUGGAAAAUAAAAAGUGAUGAUUAUAAAAACCGUGAUUUAAAGUCUGAAUGUUAUGUAGAGUUAACAGACAAACUAAAAGAACUUCAACCAACUGCAGAUAUGAAUUGUACAAAAAGAAAAAUUAACACAUUAAGGUCCAAUUUUCGAAGAGAGUUGAAGAAUCAAAUCAAUAGUAGAAAAUCUGGAGCUUAUGCUGACGAUAUGUAUGAGCCCACUGUUUGGUAUUUUAAUGAUCUGGAGUUUCUAAGAGAUCAAGUAUCUGUAUCUGUAGCCAAAGCAACAAUAAUUACAAUGCAAGCUUCUUCCAUUUUUCAGGAAAAUUUGGUUGUACAAUUACAAUAG